AUGGUGGUGGUUGCACCCGCGCAGAGCCCGGCCGCCGGGGCUCCUAAAGUACUGCUUCUGUCCGGCCAGCCCGCUGCUGCCGCCGGAGCCCCGGCUGGCCGGGCUCUGCCGGUCAUGGUGCCGGGCCAGCAAGGGGCCAGCCCGGAGGGGGCGAGCGGGGGGGCUCCCCAGGCGCGCAAGCGACAGCGCCUCACGCACUUGAGCCCCGAAGAGAAGGCGCUGCGGAGGAAACUGAAAAACAGAGUAGCAGCUCAGACUGCCAGAGACCGAAAGAAAGCUCGAAUGACUGAGCUGGAGCAACAAGUGGUAGAUUUGGAAGAAGAGAACCAAAAACUUUUGUUAGAAAAUCAGCUUUUACGAGAGAAAACUCAUGGCCUUGUAGUUGAGAAUCAGGAGUUAAGACAGCGGUUGGGGAUGGAUGCCCUAGUGACUGAUGAGGAAGCAGAGACCAAGGGGAAUGGAGCGGGGCUGGUGGCCGGGUCUGCUGAGUCCGCAGCACUCAGACUACACUCUGAGUCUGAUAUCCUCUUGGGCAUUCUGUUCAACUUGGAUCCAGUCAUGUUCCUCAGAUGUCCUUCCCCAGAGUCUGCCAGCCUGGAGCAGCUCCCAGAAGUGGACCCAGAAGGACCCAGUUCCUUACCAGCCUCCCCUUCUGCAUCCCUGGGGACGUCAUCAGCCAAGCUGGAAGCCAUUAAUGAACUGAUUCGUUUUGACCAUGUAUAUACAAAGCCCCUAGUCUUAGAGAUGCCCUCUGAGACAGAGAGCCAAGCCGAUGUGGUAGUGAAAAUUGAGGAAGCACCUUUCAGCCCCUCAGAGAAAGAUCACCCUGAACUCACUGUCUCAGUGAAGGAAGAACUUGUAGAAGAUGACUUCAUUCCAGAGCUGGGUAUCUCAGAUCUGCUUUCAACCAGCAACUGCCUGAAGCCAUCUUCCUGCCUGCUGGAUGCUUACAGUGACUGUAGCUAUGAGGGUUCCCCUUCUCCCUUGAGCGACAUGUCCUCCCUGCUUGAUGCAGACCAUUCUUGGGAGGACCCUUUUGCCAGUGAACUCUUUCCCCAGCUGAUUAGUGUCUGA